GUACAUAUGUACUGAGACCAUGUUGAUUGUUGUGGAAAAGAGUUAAUUGCUCCUAAUUUCCACGAUGACUUUCAAGGCUCUAUGCUCAGAGCUGUCAUUGGCAAGUGUUCUUGUUGAAGCUUUUAAAAGCGAACUUACAUGCAAUUUCAGCCCAUAUUGUUGGUAUGUUGAUAAGACCGUUAAACACGUGAUCGGGAAGCUUUGCGAAUUCAUUCGAAAGUUAUACAAGUUCAAGAGAAAACAAAAAGUCUGUAUUGAACCAUUAUGUAGUUCUGUUACUAACUGUGUAAAGUUACUUGAAGAAUUUGUCGACAGCCUUAAGGGUGCAGACUUGUCAGCAUUACCAAAUUUGUAUUACCAAAUCAUGCAACUUACUGAGAACUAUGCAAAACUUCUAGUAUUUCAGUCCAAAUGUAGACACUCAGCCUUGCAGGUGAUAGAUUACAAGCACAAACUUACUUGUUUUCUGAAUGGUUUGGCCACAUUCAGUAUCAGAAUACAAGUCGAGCCCCACCAUCACUCUCCAGUUAUCUUAAUUAGGCUGUGUACACAUCCAACUUUUUCAGCCAGCCGUCAAAUAUCUGGGAAGUGUGACAUCACUGAAAAUAAGAAUUGUGUUAAUCUCGAAUCGUCCUUUGUUGUACCGGAAACACCCCCAAGAUGCCCACAUCAACCUGCCUGUAAUGGAAUGACCACGGUACGUGGGAUGGGUUCACUUUCAUGGAGGCGCUUAUUUCCGAUGUUGGCACCUGUUCGUCCUGUACGGUUAAUGAGUGGGCGGUGGACUAUAUCGCGCCCUACUAACACCUCUGACGACGAAUUACCUCAAAAAUCAAACGAAUAUCAGGCAGGAUUCCAGAAAAAACUCCAGAACAAGCUCUGCAGUUCGUUGUCUACAGAUUGCGUGGAUGAAAGACAGAUUCUGUCGAAAAAACUGUUAUUUCCGAAACGGCCACUGCCAACUGUAUUUAUGGUCACCGAUUCGCUUUUUUCUCCUCCCAAGAAGCCAAAGACCGUUGAAAAUGUUAAUUGCGUGUUGACUGGGCCUAAAGCAUGGAUGUACAGUAUCCCGUAGUUAUUCCGGUUUUCAGUGUGGUGAGAGAACUGAGUCUACACCUUAUCAUGGUUGUGUUUUGACAGGGUGAUUAAUUUCAAACAAGUACUUUAAUUUUCUUGUUAAUGUAUCAUUGCAGCUG